AUGCCUUCAGAUCCUCAAAAUGCAGACUACGUUUACCACUUUGGUGCCGCAAACUCUUCUUCAUGGUUUCCAAAUUUCCAAGCAAGUUCGUCGUCGUCUUCAAGAUUGCCACCACCUAGUUACGAAGCAGCAAUUUCUGGGCCGGAAUUACCCUCAAGAGUAGUACUUUCAAAUGCUGCUUCUGGGCAUGCUAGUGAACUUAACCAAGUUGUUGUAGAUUCACCUUCAAAUGACCAACAACCACAGCUUCCUCCGCCAGAAUAUUCACUUUCUGACGCGAACUUUAAAAGAACGCAGGAAGGUGUUUGUUCGGACGACGAUAAACUGAAUAAAGAGUCAGAAUCAUUGCUUCGAUUUUUUCAAGCACAUAAUGAUAAGCCCCAAAUGGCUGUUUCCAUACUUGGUUAUCACCAAGAGAGUCGGACUGAGCAUUACGUUUAUACAGACGAUCAGGGAAGACAACAAACUGGCACUAGACAACAUACACAGCAAGUGACAGAUUUUCAUCUUAAUUUAGAUCUCACAGAGUAUAUAUCAGAGUAUGGCAAAAUUAUUACGGUACCUAAAAAGGAUGAACCCGCCAAAGAAGUUAAAGAAUUGCUUGAAGAAUACAUUAAGCAUAGAAAUUCACUUAAAGAGAUAGAAAUGCGAAAGGUGGUAAACUGGGAAUACGAAAGCAUUUCAAGAGCCAUCACUGCAGCAAUCCGAAGUCAAGGAUACACCAAUUAUAUAACAAUUUCCUAUCCACUUCGAAAUCACAUCGUCGCCGUGCACUCCAAUACAAAACUGAGUCGUUUUGCGCGUCAUCCU